UCCUGGCUGACAGAGCUGGCGGGCGCUUGCUGCUGCCCGCGGUGCAAGAUAGUGGGUUCGGUCCGCAGUUCCAAGCGUGCAGGGAGCGCCCACCUCGGGUCGAACUGUCGCCCCCAACACCAGGCCUAGAUGUUACCCUCGCCCGAUCUCCCGCCCGCCGCCGCCACCCCUAUCCUCUCUGACUGAGCUCGGCGCCCCGGAGAGGAUUAAGCCUGCAGAGUGGCUGGGACCCCUUCCCACCCUGUGACUGGGACCCCUUCUCACUCUGUCUCUCCGGGAUGGGAAAAUCUCUGCUCCCAGAGGAGCACCCAGGUCCCCUAUGAGGAAAGGGGAGGGUCCAGUGACCUCAAAACCUGCAGAGAAGCCCUGCUAGAGGACCUAGUUUAGCCUCUGUGCCCUGUCUCCUGGUCUCCCCACACCUGCCCUCACCUCCAUUUCAGGCACACCGUCUGGACCACACAGCACCCAGGGAGGCAGGGGGCUUCCUUUAUCAAGGAGGUGCCUCUUCAGGUGGCUACCAUGGGUGGUAGGAGCCACAGGCUGGGGUACUACUGAUGUCAGAAGUGAGUGGGCAAGUUGACUGACCACAGGCAGUCUCUCAGUAUCAGCAUGAACUCCAGGAUCCUGUCUGCUCGGGGCUGGUUCAGCAGCCGCCCACCUACCACUGAGCCUGACCUGGAGCCUGCCACCGAUGGGCCCACUUCUGAGACCACCACCCUCAGCCCAGAAGCCACAAGCUUCAAUGACACCAGAAUCCCUGACGUGGCUGAUGGCACAGCUGGCGUGGGUACCAUGCUUCUGUCCUUUGGGAUCAUCACAGUGAUUGGCUUGACUGUGGCCAUGGUUUUGUACAUCAGGAAGAAGAAGAGGCUGGAGAAACUGCGCCACCAGCUCAUGCCCAUGUACAACUUUGACCCCACGGAGGAGCAAGAUGAACUGGAGCAGGAACUAUUGGAGCACGGACGAGAUGCGGCCUCUGUGCAGGCUGCUGCCUCACUGCAGGCCAUGCAAGGCAAGAGUGCUCUCCCCUCCCAGGGCCCACUGCAGAGGCCUAGCCGGCUGGUGUUUACCGACGUAGCCAAUGCCAUCCAUGCGUGAGUGGCCCACGGACAGGCCUGGACCUCUGAAAGAGACACCUGCCUCAGUGCCCACAGAGCUGCCUGCUCCCUGAUUGUCAAGAUCUAUUCUCAGGACCUGCCCUGACAAGACAGGAAAGGGCUGGGCCAUACCCCAGCUGUUCUGCAGAUCCACCUGCUGACUCUUCAGGCUUGAAGAGAGGGCCCAGUCAGCCUAGCCAUCUGGCUACUGAUCUCUCCUAACUUGAUGGCCCUGUCACAGAGGGUAUCCCUCAUUCCAGGAAGGUCAAGAGCCAUUGCUGGCUUCCUUGUCUCCUGCUCACACCCCUGUCACCAAGGUCUGCUUCUCUAAUAUGGAGGAAAUGGGCGGGGGGAUACACUGGGAGAGGAAGAGGGAAGGUAGAGGCGAUUCCUCUCUGUCAGAGAGAAAUCUGUAUUUUAAAAUCUGAAGCCUCCUCUGGGGUGGAAGGAGGCAACCACUACCAAGUUCACUGGGACAGGGUUGGGCAGCACCUGUUGUAGUCCUUGAGAGGCCCAGGGAUGAAGUUGAAUCUGCCCAGUGGACAAGAUGCCAGGAGAAGGGCGACUCAUAUCCAGGCUCCAUUCAUAUUACAGAGGAUCUGUGGGGUCUUCCAACUUCCCAUCCCUGAUAGCCAGCUGCUUGCUGGGCCCAAGUAAUGGUGGAGGCCGAGAGAAAAGUAACUGAGAGUAUGGUUGUGAAGGAAUGCUGACCCCAGACCUGCUGAAAGUCCUCAUGCAUAUGCAUAAGUGGGCUUAUAUGCAGAUGUGUAUGGGGCAUGAUAGAGACCCUCUUUAUUAACUCUACCCUAAGUCAACCUCCCCCUAUGGUAUGUAGUAGAGCACUGGGGUAGUCCACCUACUCUGGUCUUCAGUAAUCAGGGAAGAUGGAAGCAAGGUUGGUUGCCACUGUCCAUUGCAUUUCUUCAAUGGGCUCUAAAAACCAUGCUGACUUGCUUCUGGAAAUGGCUAUCGCGUUCCCUCUGCCCGCAGAGAGAGACACGACAAACGUCUGAAGCUUUGGAAGUUUAUUGUGCACAGUCUUCCUUUCUUUCCCUCUUUUCUAUCCCCUUCUCUCUUUUCUUUCUCUC